AUGGCUAUGGUGACCAACUGGAUGUCACAGACGCUACCUUCGCUUGUGGGGCUCAACGGCACCAUUCCUGAGGGCACCGCAGAGAGAUUUGUCAGCGGCCUGUACCCGGGCUCAGAGGAGGGAUGGCAGGUCUACAGCACAGCCUCGGACCCCGAUGGUAGGUGCGUGUGUACGGUGGUGGCCCCGGCUCAGAACCUGUGCAAGAGGGACCCUCGCAGCCGCCAGCUCCGCCUGCUCACAGAACAGGUGCAGAAUGUGAGCCAGUCCUUGGAGGUGGUGGACCUGCGAACGUCCAGAGACCUACAGUAUGUGAGGGACUCUGAGCCUCUGUUGCGGGGAGUGGACAGCAGGCUGCACUCUUAUGUGGACAACCCCCGAGUGGUCAGCCCCAAGAGCCUGCAGGAAGACGCCAUUUUGGCGCAAAUUCCUCUGACUGGGCGGCAUUCUAUGGCGGCGAGGGACCCACCCACCGAAGGGGGGGCCGUUGUGGGCAUCUGA